AUGGCAAAACAUUUCAAGGAAAUUGAAAUUCCUCACCAAAAACGCUUCAAUUCCGUUCCUUUCCCUUCGGUUCUCUCUCCAAACACUUCUUUUUCCUUUCCUUCCUCAGUUUCUUCUCUCACUGGCUCCAUAAAAACCGAAACACCGUACCUUGACUCUUUGCUACACAAAACUGGAGCGAUUCUCUUCAGAGGCUUUCCCAUAAACACUGCCUCGGACUUCAACAACGUUGUCGAGGCAUUCGGGUUCGAGGAGUUGCCUUACAUCGGUGGGGCUGCUCCUCGGACUAACGUUGUUGGACGGGUCUUCACAGCCAAUGAGUCUCCACCUGAUCAGAAGAUCCCCUUCCAUCAUGAGAUGGCACAGGUUCCGGAAUUUCCAUCAAAAUUGUUUUUCUUUUGUGAAGUGGAACCAGGGAGUGGGGGAGAAACUCCUAUAGUUCUUAGCCAUAUCAUCUAUGAAAGAAUGAAAGAGAGGUAUUCAGAUUUCGUUGAACGAUUGGAGGAGCAUGGUUUGAUUUAUAAUCGAGUAUUGGGUGAAGAUGACGAUCCUUCAUCUCCAAUUGGCCGCGGAUGGAAGUCGACGUUUUUGACCGAAGACAAGAGUGUGGCUGCAGAAAGGGCAGCUAAGCUGGGAAUGAAAUUGGAAUGGUUGGAAGAUGGAGUGAAAACAAAAAUGGGUCCUAUACCGGCCGUCAAAUACGACAAGUCCAGAAAUCGCAAGAUUUGGUUCAAUAGCAUGGUGGCUGCCUACACAGGCUGGGAAGAUGCCAGAAAUGAUCCUAAGAAGGCUGUGACAUUUGGGGAUGGGAAACCAUUACCAGUUGAUAUCAUUUAUGACUGCUUGAAAAUUCUCGAAGAUGAAAGUGUUGCCAUUCCUUGGCAGAAAGGUGAUUUUCUGUUGAUAGAUAACUGGGCUGUUCUUCAUGCCCGCAAAUCUUUCAAUCCGCCCCGUCGAGUGCUGGCUUCGCUUUGCAAGUAGUCUGUUGUACCAUGUAUCAGUUUCUAAACUUCUGUUCGCUUAAAUUGUGAUGAUGGGAGAGUAGAUUGUGUAUGCAAAUGAACUUCAGCCAUUAUCAUGUUUAAGAUGCCUAAACUCUUGAAAUAAAGGUUUCUUAUCAAAGAAACGUACUUGGAAUUA